UAUUUCUCUCCUCGAUUUCACGUGGUUUUCAUAGUUUCGGCAUGUUUUAUAUAAUUUACUUUUGAUACCAAUUCAAUGAAAACACAAUGCAUCGACUUAUAUCAGCCAGAAACUUGUACCAAACAAGCCUUCAUAAUAUUUCCUUGCCUUCAAAUACAGCUCUCAAUAGAAGUCCUGACAUAAAAUGUGCCUUUUGUCGGAAAAUUCUUCUAGGUCACCACAAUAUAGAAAACUUGCUCGUCGCCAGGCACCAGUCCACGAGAAUCGCUAAUGCCUUGAAAGCGGUCAAAAAGAAAGGAAAACACAAAAUUUAUAAGAAAUAUGGAGAACUAUUGGAGGUUGGCAACCAAGCUAUGACCGAAACCAAAGUAUCUAUAAGUAAAUUGCGUGCCAUCCAUCUUUCCAAAUUGGCUGACAGCCCAGUAUCGCUGGGUCAGCUGCACCAGCUAACCACAAAGCCACCCAAGAAGCCCACCAUUGCCGAAGUGGACUCUGAGCUGCUCCAGAGUGUCAAAGAAAAAAUAUUAAAGAAAGCUCCACCAAUAUCAUCACCUCAGAUAAACAUAUCUUCCGGGCCCAAAGAGAUAAGCCUGGAGGAUGACCAGUGUGCCCUAGUUUAUACACAUCACAAAAUCUCCAGUUUGGAAGAUAGAUUAAAAACUAAACAGUAUAUUGACUCUGUGAAAGAGAGUUAUUAUAACUUUCGGAAAGCUACUAUUUAUGACCAGAGGUUACAGGAUUUGAGGUAUGCCAUCACCGAAGGCCUGACGCAGGAGUUUGAUAUGAUCACCCCAGACUCCAAGUUGGAAGAGACGCCCCUCCAGCCUCUGCCGAAGAGCCCACAUACUGUGUUUAGGGAGCUGUUCAUUGAAAACCAGAUAGACUCCUAUGACCAGGAGCUGCUUAAUUCCUUUUCUAGUUUACAAAGCCAAGGCCUAGCCCACCCUGCCAUAGAAGACAUCUACGACGACCCAGCGCUGCACAACGAAGCCCACGAGCCGCACGACCUCGAGUUCGGACAGAGAGAGGCGGCGCUUGAGGUCAAGAGGCUUAAUGUCAAAAAAGCCAAACAAGCGAUAAAGCAGAAGAAAAAGGCCAAGCUAGAGAAGCGUAGAGCGAAGCAGGAAAUCAAUAUGAAGACGGACAUGAAGCAGCUGGAACUGCAGGGCAAGCAGGAAGCCCUGGAGCGACUGCUCGCUGCGCAUCUACAACUGCUGUGCUCGCUCAACAUGGUGCAGGAGGCCCGCAAAGUUCUACAGUAUUAUCGGCAGAGGGGCGCCAAGGUGCCCGACCAUCCAAAGAUCACGGACAUCAAAGUGUACAAUACACUUCUACAUGGAUACGCGUUCAUGGGUCUCCUGGACCAAACGAAGGACUUGUUAACAUCUAUGGCGACAGACGGUAUCGCGCCGAACGCACAGACCUACGCUGCUACCUUCGAAUGUAUCGAGAGGAGCAACAUCAAAGAUAAAGAGGCAGUGUUGCAACAAUACUAUGAGCAGAUGCAGGAAAAGAGCAUAACUCUAAACGACCUACUAGACAAAACCCAAUUCGUCCACGAUCAACACGAGCUGGUCUACCGCGCAGUGCGCCGCCUGCACCCCUCCUUCACCCCCCACUAACCCCCGCUCCUCGACUACGACUGCCCCCUCACCGCCCAGCUCAAGCUGGACCACGCGCACAACCGCCAGGGGCUGCUGACCUCGCCCGCGCACGGGCUCAUGACCUUGGACAAGGUCAAGGAGAGGGGCAGGCGGCAGCUGGAGAUCGAGAUGAAGGGGGGCAUCGAGGUGCAGAAUAUCGACGUUAAGGAUGACGCGUCGCCGACUGUCAAGUUAUACCGAGAAAAACUACAAGCAACCGAAGCAGAGUGGAGAUCGGUGGUGCGCGAAUCAUUCGAGCGUAAUUUGGGCACGCUGCGAUCACAGAGCCUCGCGUCACACUCGGCCAUCGCUCUGUAUCCUUACUUGAGAGUGUUAGAGACUGACCAGUUCGUGGAGCUGAUAAUGGGCGAGAUCAACAAGCUGGUGGACGGCAGCGAGACGUACAGCCCCACGCUGAAGCUGCUGCAGCGUGACCUCGGCACGCAGGUCUACCAGAAAUACCAAGUAGAACAAUACCGCAAGAAUGGAGUCCUGUCGAAAAUCUCCAAAAUCUACGAGCAAUACUGCGAAUGGUACAUGGAUCGCAGUGCGUUAGGAACUGACGUGCCGCUCAACAGUAGACAGGCGUGGCAGAUGCUGGUGCAUAGGAACAGAGAGGGCGCUAGUUUGGACAUGGAGGAGACCCCGUGGCCGAUGGAGAUGCGACAGAACAUCGGCAAGUUCCUCUACAACAUCAUCAUCAACGACGUCAAGAUCGACGUCAACAUGUUCAAGCCCAAAGCCAAGCAGAAGAAACUCCCGGCCGUGUACAAAGUGGCGGCGCGGGCCGAGCUGCGCAUGCGGGCCGACCUGGUGCCGCCCUCCUCGCCGCCCAAACCCUGGCCACAUCUGCACUCUGGGGCCUAUCUACUGACUAAAACACCACUCAUUAGCGAGACGAACACCGAUUACGCCUCCGCAAACGCCUGGCAAACGGAUGCCAUUUACAUCAUGAACCAAUGGAAACGCCUGGAAGAGGCGCCUCCGUCUGCCCUAUACCCGGCAUUAGACAGCCUCAACCAACUGGGAGAGGUGCCGUGGGUCGUCAACAAGCCAGUGUUGGAUAUACAACUGCAAAUAUUCAGGUCUGGCGGCAACAAGAAGCUAGACAUCCCUCCCCCCUCAGCGUUGGAUCCCAAAGAGUUCGCGGAAGCCAAAGAUGCGGCGGGUGCUUUCAAACGCCGCGUGGCUCUCAGCCGAGCGAGGGCCGAAAUGCACUCGCUGUGGUGCGAUGCGUUAUACAAGCUUGCACUCGCUAACCGUUACAGAAACGAGAUAUUCUGGCUGCCCCACAACAUGGAUUUCCGCGGUCGAGUCUACGCCUGUCCCCCACAUUUGUCACAACUCGGAGCCGACGCGUAUCGAGCUUUGUUGAAGUUCGCUCGUAGAGAGCCGCUGGGACCAGACGGGUUGAGGUGGCUUAAACUACAUGCCGUUAAUUUAACAGGGACGAUGAAGAAAAGCACUGUAGAUGAGAGGUUGGAAUACGCAGAAAGCGUCCUAGACAAGAUACUGGACUCAGCAGACCGUCCUCUGGACGGCGAGGGCUGGUGGCAGGAGUCCGAGGAGCCUUGGCAGACGCUCGCCUGUUGUAUGGAGAUCGCCAACGCGAUCCGAUCUCCGAACCCUGAAGAAUACCUGUGCGGGUUCCCGGUUCACCAAGACGGGUCGUGCAACGGUCUGCAACAUUACGCGGCGCUAGGUGGCGACGCGGCCGGCGCGGCCGCCGUCAACCUGGCGCAAGAGAGGCCGCAAGACGUGUAUGCGUCAGUGUGUGCGCUGGUGGAGGAAAUGCGAGCACGCGACGCGGCCGCGGGCGUGCCGGCGGCGAUGAUCUUAGAAAAUUUCGUGCGGAGGAAGGUCAUCAAACAAACAGUCAUGACCACCGUGUACGGAGUCACCAGGUUCGGCGCCAGGCUGCAGAUCGCUAAACAGCUCAAAGAUAUCGAUGACUUCCCAAAAGAGCAUGUGUGGUCGUGCAGUCAGUAUCUGACCACGAAGACCUUCGACAGUCUACGCGAGAUGUUCACCUCCACCAAACUCAUACAAGACUGGUUUACCGACUGCGCCAAGCUGAUCUCAGGCAUAUGCGGAGAGAGCGUAGAGUGGGUGACGCCUUUAGGACUCCCUGUGGUGCAGCCCUACUACCGCCGCGGCACCACCGCUGCCAACAGCCGGACGCCACUUGAUCACCAACAGCGUCCAUGCACCAUGAAGCAGCGCAACGCGUUCCCGCCCAACUUCAUCCACUCUCUGGACUCAUCACACAUGAUGCUCACCUCACUGCACUGCCAGGCCGCGGGCGUCACAUUUGUGUCUGUCCACGAUUGUUACUGGACUCACCCGGCAGUGCCUCUUAUGAAUAAGAUUUGCCGAGAGCAGUUCGUGGCUUUGCAUUCGCAGCCGAUCCUUGAAGACUUAUCAGACUUUCUGGUCAAGAGAUACAGCUACGAUGAAAGCGAGCUUGAAGGCACAUUAGGAGCGCCUAACAAGAAACGCGUAAACAGUCUCCUGAGGAAAGUCCCGAGCAAAGGCGACUUCAAACUGGACAGCGUACUCGACUCCGUGUACUUCUUCAGCUAGUCGAAUAUGGACUUUUUGACUGGUACUGUCGUUUCGUUCCCGGUUGGUAUAGAUGUAGGGCAAUUGUGUGUCUUAGAUAGAAAAUUGAUAUGCGAAAAUGGUUCAGCGGUUGGUGUUUCAGCAACACGCUGAAAUGAGGCCAUUUCGUGGCACUUCAUUCCUUUCUGUCUUGUUAUUAUGUGUAUUUUGUCUUGCCUGUGUUCACGAAUAAAUGUUUAUUCUAUUCAAUCUUGUAAUAUUAACAAUGUUUUUACACUGAUUUAAACGUUUUUGUAAACGGGACUUAAUCGCGUAAAAAACAACGUAAACUAUGAUUUUUUUUUUGCAAUCUGGACGAAAGAGAAAUUACCAUCAGUGUUGGCCACUGAUAUCAAUAUGCUCUAUCUCGAUUGCUGUUGUUUUCUGAUGAUUAGUAUAUUAAAAAAAAUGUCUGUUCUAUUAUAAAUUAAUACUGAAUUUUGUACUUUUGAUAA